AUGGCGCGAGAGUACCUCUACCUGGCUUCGUCGGCCGUCCUGGGGACAUACGUGCUCUGGACCGCCGCCGAGACAUACCUCGCCCACAGCGGUAGACCGCACCUCUCACCCUCCCACGCGCUCGCAUCCCCCUUCCUCGCGGCGCUCUUCGCCCUCCCGACGCUGGUGCUCUACCGGAAAGCGAGCUACCUCCUCAAGAUGAAGGCGCGCGGGUGCGCCGAGGCGCCGAGCUUCCCGCACACGGACCCGAUCUUUGGCAGCGACUGGGUGCGCGCGUCGAUGGCCAAGCAGGAGGAGCACGGGUUGCUGGAGUGGUGGGAGACGGUGUUCGACCGGCUGGGGUGGACGUGGUGGGUCAAGACGCCCGUGACGUGGGUGCUGAUGACGACGGAGCCGGAGAACCUCAAGACGAUCCUGGCGUCGGGGUUCCAGGACUGGCCGAUCAUGGGCCCGCGGCGGGACGUGAUCGCGCCGAUUCUGGGGGAGGAGGCCAUCUUUGCGGCGAAUGGGCAGGCGUGGCACGACGCGCGCGCGAUGAUGAGGCCUACGUUUGUGAGGAACCAGAUUGCUGAUUUGGCGUGCUUUGAGAGGCAUGUUGGGAAUCUGAUCAAGAGGAUUCCGAAGGAUGGGCAGACGGUGGAUUUGCAGGGGCUUUUGUACAUGAUGACCAUGGACUCGGCGACGGAUUUUAUGUUUGGCCAGUCUACGUCUAUGCUCACGACACCAUCGGCUGAGGCAUCCGAGUUCACGGCCACUUUCGAAUACAUCCUCACCCGUUCAGCCAUCCGCUCCCGCUUGGGGCUGUUCACCUUCCUGGAUCGGGACAAUAAGUGGGAUGAGGGGCUGAAGAUCAUCGACAACUAUUGUGACAACUACAUCAAGCGUGUGAAAGCCGAAGAGAAGGACCCCGAAAGAGCUUACGUGUUUCUGCACCAAAUGAUGGACCAAGGUACUACCCCGGAGUUCGUCCGCGGGCAGCUGCUUUCCAUGAUUCUCGCGGGUCGCGACACCACGGCAUCGACGCUCUCCGCGCUCUUCUGGAUCUUGGCACGAAGACCCGAGGUGGUAGCCCGCUUGAGAGACGAGAUCAAACUGGAGCUCGGUGAGCGUCAGCCGACGUGGGAGGAGAUGAAGGAUAUGAAGUACCUCAACAUGGUGUUGAAGGAGAUUCUGCGGCUGUACCCGACAGUUGCGACCAUGUCGCGCGGCGCAGCACGAGAUACCACCCUCCCAGUUGGCGGUGGGCCCGACGGCAAAUCCCCCGUGUUCGUUCCGAAGGGGACACUCGUACGUUGGUCCAUGUACAUCACCCAUCGGAGAAAGGAUAUCUGGGGUGAGGAUGCCGACGAGUUUCGCCCUGAGCGUUGGGAGGAUCGUCGCCCGGGUUGGGAUUACCUGCCCUUUUCUGGUGGUCCAAGAAUUUGUAUUGGCCAGCAAUUCGCUCUGACGCAGAUGGCAUACUUUGUUGUGAGAGUCUUGCAGACGUUCAAGACGAUUGAGCCGAGGGAUGAGAGGCGGUUGGCUCAAACCGUGGGCAUCACGACCAAGCUGCCGCACGAUGUUCUCCUAAGCUUCACACCCGCGUGA